GAAGACGUCGUUACUUUUUCAAAUUUAAACGUUCUUUUCUAAAACGUUGCCGAACGGAACGAAACGGCUCUACAUUCUAUCGACAGGUUUAAAGCGAAAGGAUUCAAAAUAAAUCAACUACUUUUGAAUUAUUGAACUGGAUAUUGAGAUUUGUGAAAAUCUGAAACAAAAUAUUAAUGCUUCAUUGUAUAUAACAUGUCGUGGAACAACGACCGCUAUUUUUAUAGACAAAAUUCAAUACCUUGGGCGCAACACGAGGUUCUUCACGCUCAAGUCGUGGAUAGAGCUACUUAUUAUCUGGGAUCGAUGGCCAUGAAUCCCAUGUGUUAUCGCGCUGGGUGGAUGAAUCGAUACCCUUCCUACUUCAUGUCUUCUUUUCUCUUAUCACUUUCUGAUUAUUUAGCAUAUAGAAGAGAAUUUGGAGUCGUACCGUGCGAUACGGUGAGGAAGAAUUUUAUUUUUUUCUGCGUUUCGUUCCGUGCUAUUUGGUCAAUACCGAAUUCUUUCCAGACGAACGGAUUUUCUCGCCCACUGUUCAAAUAUCCUUCGACCCUUCCAGUCAUGCAAGCAAUGAAUUACAAAAGAAAGCAAAAGCAAAUUCAUAAGCGUUACAAAACGAGAAUUUUUUGGAGUCGAAGUGAAAUGCAAGAAAAUCAGAUUUCAGAAGAACAAACUAUGGAAAAUUUGGAAGGUCAAGGAUUCGAAGGUUUUUCUAGUUAUAGAACAGUGUGUGGAUGUUUUGGAAAAGACAAUUACGUCACUGACGAAAAUAACUGUGGGAGUGACGUAGUUCCUACGUGCGCUUCUGUAGACGAAACAGGAGAAGUAAACAGAAGCGAGAAAUAAUUACAAGAUGUGAGAAGUGAAAGUGUGAAAGAAAGCAAAGGAGAUAAAGAAUGACAGGAUGAUGAGAAUUCUUCACACCUUUUUAAACAAUUAAAAACAUUCAAGCUUUCUAAAGAGUGCGACUCUUGAGAAAAGCAUUGUUUUUCUUUUGUUUCGGAAAUAAGUUUCCUUAUGGCUUCAAAAUUUAAAUAAACAGAAACAGGUUUUGUCAGGUUGUAAA